UUUGCCUGACAUGCAGCUCCAUAUCAUCAAGGACCGCGGGAAUUUUGGUGUCUUCUACAGGCAAUCAUCUUUGUAAAUCUCACUGGAACUGCACCAAACAAAAGUUCCAGCAUCUUCACCUUGUCAAGAGUCAAGAAUCUGCAUUGGACAAGGUUCAUGUACAUCAUGUCGGAUUCUCUGUAUGAGAAAUUUCUGGCACCAGAGGAGCCUUUCCCCCUCCUCUCCCAAAGAGCCAACCUCAGUGAUGUGGGAACCCUUGAUGUCAGUGAUUUCAGCUGUCAGCUUUCAUCCUGUCACAGGACGGACCCCCUGCGCCGCUUCCACGGCAACAGGUGGAACCUCACUUCUUGCGGCACGAGUGUGGCCAGCUCCGAAUGCAGCGAGGAACUCUUUUCGUCUGUGUCCGUGGGCGACCAGGAUGACUGCUACUCUCUCCUUGAUGACCAAGAGCUGACAUCUUUGGACUUGUUUCCCGAGGGAAGCGUUUGCAGUGAUGUUUCCUCUUCCAUCAGCACCUACUGGGAUUGGUCUGACAGCGAGUUUGAGUGGCAGUUGCCAGGAAGUGACAUCACUAGCAACAGCGAUGUCCUGUCCGACAUCAUUCCGAGUGUCCCAAAUUCACCUUGUUUGGUUCCCAAGAGGAAGCCUAAACCCCACCCUCACCGCAACCUGGAUGAGCUGCCAUGGAGCGCCAUGACCAAUGAUGAACAAGUGGAGUACAUCGAAUACCUGAGUCGUAAAGUCAGCACAGAGAUGGGCCUGCGAGAGCAACUUGACAUCAUUAAGAUCAUCGAUCCCUGUGCUCAAAUCUCCCCCACGGAUAGCGAGUUCAUCAUCGAGCUCAACUGUCUCACUGAUGAGAAACUCAAGCAGGUACGGAACUACAUCAGAGAGCACGGGCCGAGGCAGAGGGCCAGCAGCACAAGGGAGGGUUGGAAGAGAAGCAGCCACAGCAGCGCCAGCACAGGCGGCAUCAGCGGGGCUAGCAGCAGCAACGCCAGCAUGGUCAGUUCAGCCAGCUCCUCGACCAGCUCCACGGCCUCCAACUCUGUCGCAGGUGGAACAGCUUCAGCUUGCAGUGGAAGCAGCGUGGCUAACAUCAGCAGAGCCCACAGCGAUGGCAAUCUUUCCAGUGCUGCAGAACGCAUCAGAGAUUCUAAAAAACGUUCCAAGCAACGCAAGCUCCAGCAGAAAGCCCUACGCAAACGUCAACUAAAGGAGCAGCGUCAGGCCCGCAAGGAGCGUCUGAGCGGCCUGUUCCUCAACGAGGAAGUGCUGUCGCUGCGGGUGACCGAGGAAGACGACCACGGCGAUGACCUGGAUGUACUCAUGUGACACCAGUGAACCAAUCAGUGCUCCCUCUUUGCCUACUCUCGCUAACCUAGAGCCUAGCAUGCUUAGUUUAGUGUAGGCUAACACCACCUUUUGAUAUUGCGCUUAUCACAUUAUAGUGCAUUUCAGGUUCAUCCUGAAAUUUGACUCGAUGCCCCUCCCAAUUUUGUGAGUCUUGUACCUACAAAUUUGGCAGCUGUAAUAGUCUAGAAGCUUGGACAUCAUAGAAGGUAAAUUUAGCUGCGCUAAGCUAACUCGCUGCUAACUGAGGUUCAAGUGGGAAGGACUAAUGCGGGACAUGCCGCGCUGUCUUUUGAACUGUGAUACUUCUGUCAAGGCUUAAAGGGAGCACUGAACACACUGCAUGUCAAAGCCCGCGCCUCCUCUAGCUAACUCGGUAACCUUCAGCAUUGUUCUGUUUUUGGAACCACCCGCUAACCAAAAAAAUCUACGUGUGCUGUAAAUAACUGCUUGUUUUCUGUUUAUCCCAAGUGAUAAAGAAUUAAUUCAAUGUUUUUCCUUCUCUUUGUGUGUAUUACAGUAGUCAUGCUAUCAAAAGUUAGCAAAAUUUUUAAUAUUAUUUCGACUCAUUUCUGUUUGUUUUGUUGGUUUGGACCCCUGUCCCCCCUUGAUAGCACUCCGAAUGUAAUUCUACCAUGCACAGAUGAAUGAAUGAAUUGACGGUUUGACUGUGGAAGUCUUAUCACGGGUCGGUGUGUUUACCCUGGUUUAUGACAUUUAUUAUCAAGCUAAUAACACAAUUAACUAAUAUACAAAUACUGACAGAAUUGUAAUUAACAACCUGAUAGUUCUCACUGCUGUGAUUUGUUCAACCAUUCAGCAGCCUUGAUACUUUAUCAUGUACUUGAGCUUUGGCUCUCAUGUCACUUGAGUUGGUUUUAAAUCGCAGAAAUCCUUUUCAAAGCAAUUCUAUGUACUCUGUAAAAUUCUAUUUUGGGGAAAAAAUUUGAAAAGAAAAAAAAUCGCAUCGUGAUGCCAAGAAAGUUGUGUAAAUAAUGUUUUGCUGAUUAUGACAUUAAAAUGAUUGGAGAACAAAA